GAGAGAGCUCCCCCCAUUUAUUUCACUCCCAACCAACUUCCCUCUUUUUCCUCCUCUUCCGAUCCAUCCAUCCAUCCAUAUUAUUAUUGUAGCUGUCAUGUCAAUACUUGUUCCUAUAUAAACCCUACUUCCUGCCCUCCCUCUUCUCACAAGUCACAACACAACAUCUAUCCCAACUCAAACAUGACACAUUCCAAGCUCCUUCUCGCUUUGUUGCUCGCCGCCUUCCUGCUCUCCGCCAAUGGCGCCAGGAACCUGUACCAGACUACUAAUCCUGCCAUUUUUGACGACGGAAAGAACCUGUUCCACCGCCCUGGCCUCGGAGGCGGAGGUGGCCUUGGUGGCGGCGGCGGGCUCGGGGGUGGAGGUGGACUAGGCGGUGGAGCUGGAGGCGGACUAGGCGGCGGUGCAGGAGCUGGAGGCGGGCUCGGCGGUGGUGGAGGUUUAGGUGGCGGAGCUGGCGGUGGAGCUGGUGCCGGGUUCGGCGGCGGUGCUGGUGCGGGAGGUGGGCUUGGAGGCGGAGCUGGAGGUGGAGGCGGGGGAGGGUUUGGAGGCGGCGGCGGUGCUGGUGGAGGAGUGGGUGGUGGGUCAGGGUUUGGUGGAGGAGCCGGGUUUGGAGGUGGAGCCGGUGCUGGUGGGGGACUCGGUGGUGGCGGUGGAGGAGGUUUCGGAGGUGGUGGCGGCGGUGGGCUAGGUGGCGGAGCUGGGGCGGGGUUCGGCGGUGGGGCUGGCGCCGGUGGAGGUCUUGGAGGUGGGUUGCCGUGAGGAGGAAGAAAGGUCAGCUGGUAGCUUGCUUGCAGGAUUAAUUAGCUUGAUGUGCAUGGAUCGUCGUCGUCAUUGUUGUCGUGAUAUCUAUAAUGGUAUAUUUGGUACUAAUUAAGAAAGAUGUGACCAAAUAUGAUCAAAAUAUUUGCUGAAAUUUAAGGGAAAAUGAUGUGAGUUCUAGUGAGUUUGCGUUCAUCCGGUGUGUACGUGUUUGUCCAAUGCUAUUACGUACUGCAAUGCCUUUGUACCAUCUUAGCCAUUCAAUGAAAGUGAAAUUAUUGUCAAUCUUAGAACUGUUGGUGUCGUCGGUCACUGAUAAAAAUUUAAGUUCAUGUGGAGUGAAGAUCCAUCUUAUAGUUGUGAUGAUGAUCAUCCAUGGUUUUGAAAGGUAUAUGGUAAUACGGUUGGAACAGAGAUGUUGAUUGAGGUGC